AUGUCGUCUGAGGAAGUCAUCUUUGUUAUUAUUUAUUUUUUAUUUGUAUUCUGCUUAGUGGCUCCGACCACAGAAAUCAUAUCUGCAGGUCUGACCAUACAAAACAUGUUUGCAGAAUGUUUGGGCAGUGAACAAAUGGAUUUCAUUGGCUACCAUAUGAGGAGGACGACUCUGACCCUUAUCAUACACUCCUUUCUGCCUUUAGGUUAUUUUGUUUUUUGUAUUCAAAUGAAUUAUGUUCCCCCAUUAUUAUACUUGUUUAUUCUAGACAGUUUUGGAAAAAUUUGGUGUCUGUUUUCCAUACUCUGCUGCUUGUUUUCUUUCAUCUGCGUGCUGUUUGCACUGUAUUGGUUCAACUCAAACUGGAAUACUCAUCCAAUUUCAAGACGUUUGGGUAAUUUAACAGUUGAAGGGGAAGGCUGGAGAUCUGUGGCUUCAUCUGUCAACAUUGAAUUCAGAAGGUUUGAUAAGUUCACCACAGGCACACAUAGUCGAAGGCUCAUCGUGACAGACACGUGGCUCAUCAUGACCUCCACGUACACCAUCCAGAUUGCCAGGCAGGCAGACACCCACCUUGCCAUUGUGGGCAGUGAGAAUCAUGACAUGCAUUAUGAGAGGUCAACUGGAGUUCAGGUGCUCAACAUCAUGGUUACCAGUGCUGACCACAGGGUCAAACCAUUCAAAAUUAGACUUAUAGCUACAGAGUACAAUGAUUUAAAAGAUAAACUACAAAGUCCCAUCUUAAACCUACGAAACAUCGUUAUUCAACAAUCUCUGUCAGAUCAGUUUGUGGAGGCUUUUAAAUAUGAAGUCAACAGGAAUCCAAGAUAUCGUCUGCCUAGGAACAUGGAGGUCGAAAAUUGCAUAGGCUGCAUGCAAGUCAUAUCCAACGUCAAAUUGCAGAAAUGCUGCUUAGAUCUGCCUCAAGGAGAGGAGCAAGAUGGACAGCAUGGCAACAAUUUUUCGCAGCAAGCAUGCCAGAGUUGCAUGUGCAGACCGAUGUGGUGUCUCGAAUGCAUGGGCAAGUGGUUCGCGAGUCGGCAGGAUCAGAACCAGCCAGAGACCUGGCUCUCGAGUAAAUCUCCGUGCCCAACAUGCAGGUCCAUCUUCUGCAUGCUCGAUAUCUGCCUUAUUAGUGAUUAAAUGUUUUGUUUUUCCAAAUGCUCUACAUUAUAAUAACUACUUUUGUUACCACUACCACUUAACAUUACUGAUACUUUGAGUUAAUAGUUUUUUUGUUUCAUUUUAUAUUGUUGAUGCAGGUUUUUUGUUAACUUACUUAUUAUUCAUAAGUGGUUAUUUAUUUUAUAUACUAAUGCUCUAAACAUUUUUUUAUUUCAAUUUGCAAAAAUUUGUUUUUGUUAUAUGUUUUUGCACGUUUCAUUUGAUUGUCUAUCUUGUUUUUUUAAUGUUGAAAAUAAAUUGGCAUUCGUCCAACAAGCUG